GCAGUUAGGUCAAAGUCUGAGUUAGUUGCAAGGACAUUCUACAUGAGCACAAUCAACAAGUGUUCUACAGGACAAUAAUCUACCUAUUUACUAAUCCAAAUACAGGACUUCUCUGGCUUAUUAAUGGAGAUUCCAGUUUUUACCGUUGAUGCAUUUACUAAUUUACCUUUCAAAGGAAAUCCUGCAGCAGUUUGCCUUUUAGACAACGAACUGCAAGAUGAGCUUUACCAAAACAUUGCAGCAGAGAUGAACGUAUCAGAGACUGCAUUUCUGACAAAGCUGAAAUCAACAGACACCUUUAGUUCAGGAGCCAGAUUUGGUUUGCGCUGGUUCACCCCCAUUAAUGAAAUUGCACUAUGCGGCCAUGCAACACUGGCUUCAGCAGCAGUGCUCUUCCACAGGAAAGAAAACACUAACCCUGUGGUGGUGUUUGAGACGCUGAGUGGCGAGCUGCGGGUUCGCCAGCACGGAGAAUCUUUAGUGAUGGACUUUCCACUCAACAAACCAGAGGUUCAGGACCGCAAUAAACACAAGAACCUCCUUAAGGCUGUUGUUGGAGAUCUACCCGUUCAGGAUGUUUACUACUGUAAAACCACAAAGAAGCUUCUAGUGCGUCUGGCUGACACAUGUGACAGGUCAGCACUUACAUCUUUGAACCCGGUGGCCGAGACUCUGCUAAAAUGUGAAGACAGUGGAAAGGUUAAAAGUGUUGUCGUCACAAUCAAAGGGGCACCAACUUCACAGCCUGGAUAUGACUUCUUCUCCCGCAACUUUGCCCCAUGGCAUGGCAUCCCAGAAGAUCCGGUGACAGGCUCUGCUCAUACAGUUCUUGCUGCAUACUGGACUGGGAGACUGGGAAAGAAGAAAAUGUUAGCUUACCAGUGCUCCAGACGUGGGGGUGAGCUAGAGCUGGAACUGAGAGAUGACGGCAGGGUGGAUAUUGCUGGCAGAGCGGUGGUCCUCCUUCAGGGGACCCUCAAACUCUAGAGAAACCUGUAUAAACAACCUGGAGCAGUUGAGCUGUGACAUUAACGAGCUUUUGGGCAUUCAGAAUUCAGAGCACAUCUUAAUCUACUACACUGGGGACAUAGACUGUACAGCACUGUAGAACACUACCUGGAUUGUACUUAUUAUAUCUACUGUACUUUAUAAUUCUCUAACAUCUAUAUACACAUAAGCUGCUGUUCAGACCUCUUAUCAGUUUAACCUAUACCCAAAAUCCCUUACCAGAAAUAAAAGAAACAUAUAAAUGAAAUGAGCUUGUGGGUUUUAAAUCUCUCAUGUUCUGCAUUAAUACUCUUCCAUAACACUCUAGUUUAAUUUAGAGUUAUGUGUAUUAACUCUAAUCUGAAGGUUUAAAUAAAGCAAAGUCAAAGCAAA